UAUCCACGGUUGGUUGUUUGACUGAUUGCAGCCAUUUGUAUUAAACAGGGCUGGUUGUUGAACUGUGCAAUAUUUCUCCUUAUAACAUUGUUUAACCAUGCAACCAACCUUGUUUGACUGUGCAAUGGCUGGAAAAAUUAUAUUAUGGCUGGUUGCACAGUCAAACAGGGCUAGAAAAACAAUGUUAUGGCUAGUUGCACAGUCAAACAGGGCUGCAAUAUUUUUUCCAGCCCUGUGCAAUAUUGACUGUGCUCUCACAUAUAUAUAAUAGUCACAUUUUUAUUAACUCCUCUAUGCUAACAAAGAGUUUUCUUACUUAUUAACUCCUCUAGUCACAGUACAAACCUUUUAGUCAUAAUUUAUAUUAAAAAUAUAUAUAGCAUAGUAUUACAUAUUAGGUUGUACAAAUUGAACUCCAAGGCUGGUUGUUUGACUGAUUGCAGCCAUUUAUUAGUCAACCUUGACACCCUAAUGAGUGUAUAUACACAGUAAGAGAAGCUGUGAGUGUAUAUGAGAGUGUUGGUUAGUAGUCACUAGUACUGUUCAGACAGCCCCUACUGUUUUUGUGCCCCUAUUGUUCACACAGCCCAUAUUGGCAGUAACAUUGAACAUUGAUUUCUAAACUUCCUUUUCAAGGCAUGGUAUUAACAUGAUUUGAACAUGGUUGUAGGAUAUCUAUUUGCAGUUCAGACUCAAACUCAGGGGGUGCAUCAGGGCUGCAUUAGUCGCUGCAUCAGAGUGCAUCAGGUGCUGCAUCAGGGUGCAUCAACUGCUGCAUCAGGGGGUGCAUCACGUGCUGCAUCAAGGGGUGCAUCAAGAGUAGCCGAGGACUCUUUAGCAUUUUUAUUGAAGUGCCUUGAGCGCUUUCCUUAGUUCAAAGGAAGGGACUUUUAUAUUACAGGAGAGAGCUAUGCAGGGACAAUGACUUCGACCUGAGCGACGACAUUGUACUCGCAGCAUAUAUAGCAGGGUGUUCAUGUGCAGUUUACGUGGAGACCUAAAUGACCAAAAUAUCAUUGCAUACGAAUAUACAAAGUGGGUAUGAAUGGGUACAAUAUACAUUAACUGGAAAUGAGGAGAAAUGUCGAAGAAAUUUUAGAAUGUCAAGCCAUGUGUUUGGACAACUAUGUAAUACAUUGCGCCAGUAUGGAUAUAACGGUACUAGAAGAAUUUGCUUGGAAGAGUCUUUGGCAAUGACAUUGGUGGUACUUGGUCAUGCAGAGGGUAACAAAUGGGUACAGGAAAGAUUUCAGCACUCGGGUGAGAUAGUGCAUCGACACGUGACCACGGUAGUUAAAUUGUUAGCCACCGUAAUGGCACCGGACAUUAUCAAGCCUGCUAAUCAUACAUUUCAGGACGUGCUAGAACAUAUUCAGCAUUCAAGUCGAUAUUGGCCACAUUUCAAGGGUUGCAUCGGUGCGAUUGAUGGGGUCCACAUCCCCGUGAUCAUACCAGAAGAGGAGCAACACCCAUACUAUGGCAGGAAAGGGAUCACCACAACAAAUUGCAUGUGUGCGUGUGACUUUGACAUGAAGUUCACAUUCGCAUGUGUAGGAUGGGAUGGGUCAGCGCAUGACACGAGGAUUUUUUUAAGCUGCCUCAAUAAUGAGAGUGACAACUUUUCAAAAGCUCCAGCUGGAAAGUAUUAUCUUGUUGAUUCAGGGUACCCUAUGAAGAAAGGGUUUCUUGCACCAUAUUAGGGGGAGAGGUACCACAUCCCCGAAUUUCAGCCUUAUGAAGUGUUGCAUCAUCCAGAGGAGAGAUUUAAUUAUCUCCAUUCGUCACUCCGUUCGGUCAUAGAACGAACUUUUGGAGUUUGGAAGAACAAAUGGAAAAUUUUGAGAAAUAUGCCAGGGAAGAGUAUACACAGUCAAUCGAAAAUCAUUGUUGCUACAAUGGUUCUUCACAAUUUCGUUUAGAGCACAUGAGAUAAAUAAUAAUGUUAAUAGUUCCAGAUAUAUAGGGGGCACAUCUGGACGUAGUGAGAGAGGUCAUUACGAUGCCGUGGCACAUGCAAUCUCAAUCUUGGAUGAACUUGAGAUGAAACAAGUUCGUGACAAUAUCACAGCAUCGAUAUGUGCAGACGAUAACUGAGUAUGGUGACUAUUAUUUUUGUCACAAUAGAAAUUUAGUGUGGUUGAAAAUACCAUUGACAUUAUGGAAAUUUUUUUGUGGGGACCAAAUUGGACAGUUCACAAACUUCAAUAUUGUAUUACCAAUUUUUGUUAUAUUUUUGGUAAGCACAA